UUAUGUCUUUUUUGGGAAAUAUUUCGGUUUUCGACCAUAAAUCCGGCGAGUGGUCGAUAUUUAAAGGUCGAUUAACGCAGUUUUUCAAAAUAAAUGAUGUAAAAGUUGCAAAUAAAAGUGCAGUGUUGAUAACGCACCUAUCGGAUGAAACCUACAGGUUAUUACGUAACCUAGUUUAUCCAAAGGACAUAGACGGUUUGAGUUACGACGACCUAGUUCAAGUACUCGAUGCUCAUUUUAAACCCAAGCAGUGCUCAUUCGCGGAUAAGGCCAAGUUCUACGGGGCCACAAGGAACCCAGGUGAAUCCCUCGGAGAAUGGGCGGCACGUCUCAGGGGCCUAGCGAGCUUCUGUAACUUCGGUACCGCCCUGGAGUCAACGCUUCUGGAUCGCUUCGUUCUCGGACUGGGAAUGGGGCCAGAACGUGAUAGGCUCUUCGAGCAAGAUUCAUCAGACUUGACGUUCGCGAAGGCGCUGGAGAUCGCGGAACGGGCAGAGUGUGCUAGAGAGGCAAAGGCGUUGGUGACCAAUGGAGCCGGCGUGGUGAUCCAGCAGGAGCCGGUAUACCGCGUGGCGAGCGAGCGCGGGGGCGCGCCCCGCCGCCCGCCGCCGCGCGCCGUCCCUGCCGCCGCCGCCCCCGGGGACCAGCGCGACCAACAUGUCUCUCGAUGUUCUGUGUGUGGGUUGAAAAACCAUAGUGAACUAAAGUGCCGAUUUAAGUCAUUUAAGUGCCAAAAAUGUGGAGUGAAAGGUCACUUGCGUAAAAUGUGCAAAUUACGGGUUAAUAACAUAGAAACGGAGGAGAAUGAUUCUACCUGUGAGGACUACGCGCCGUGGACUUGGUCUGACCGCGAGGAGCAAGCGUUCCAGCGCAUUAAGCGGGAGCUGGCUUCAGACAGAGUGCUGACUCACUUCGACCCGGAGGUGCGGCUAACGCUGUGCGUAGACGCGAGUCCCACGGGCCUGGGCGCCUACCUUGCGCAGGGGGAGGAGGGCCACGAGCGCCCGCUCGCCUUCGCUUCCAGAACUCGGAUGAUCCACGAGCUGCAUAAAGGUCAUUUAGGCGUGGUUAAAACCAAGAGCUUAGCGCGUACAAAGAUGUGGUGGCCCGGCAUAGACGGCGACAUACAGCGUAGCGUGCUGGCCUGCAGCACGUGCAGCGCGCUGCGCCCCGCGCCCCCCGCCGCACCGCCCGCGCCCUGGCCGCGCGACCCCGCGCCUUGGACCCGUCUGCACAUCGACUACAUGCAGUUCGCUCAGAGAUUCUACCUCAUUGUUGUAGACAGCCAUAGCAAAUGGGUUGAAUGUUUAUACAUGUCAUCAGUGAAUCCUGAAAUGGCCUUAGAGACAUCGGGACCUCCAACAGCUCCGCCAAAUUUAGAUAAUGAGCCAUCAGUUGAUGAGUUUCACGAAUGUGACUCGGAGGUUGUUGCUGGUCCUAGUUUAGAGUCGCCCGCGACGCCUGCGGGGGCGCCGGUAGCGGUGCGGGGAGAGGACGCGCGGCCGCCGCACUCGCAGCUGACGACAGCUGUCACUGACAAUGUAACUGCGGAAAGUUCGAAGACUAAUAAGGGAGGAGUGCCAUGUACGGUGGCCUGCGCCUAA